AUGUCGUCUUCCUCCGGCUCGUUUGAGGACAAUCUCUUACAGACCGGCAACCCAAAAAGCAAGGUGUCGGUCCGCGAACCGCCGCCAGGAAUGACGGCAACCAGCUCGCAGGAGAUUUUUACCGCGUCUCCGAUGAUUCUACGCCCUGCCUAUAGACUGGGUGAUUCUCGAUAUGCUGCUGCGGUUGUUGACAGUGCUAUUGGCAGACUAUUGGCACUGCCACGAAGACCGCGAGUCCCAAAAGACGGGGACAAAUACUCCCAAGACGGUGGCGACUACCCGAUCAUACCUCUAAGAGCUGAUUCUGCUGUGGUUGAGCACGCGCCAGUACCGGGCGAUGGGACAGCGACACGCGACGCGCUCGCGCACAUGGAGUGCAAGGCUUAUGUGUGGAGCACAUACGGGCUGUCGCCUGACUACAACGCCGACUCGGCUUACAUUUACGACGAGCUUUAUGAGCCAUGGCAACCAGACGCGUUUGAGCCUUUCGUGCGGCCUUAUGGAGUUGUAGAGACGCAGCUUGUGCGUACGGUUGAAGAAGGCAAGAAUGAACGAGAGGUGGCGGAUGAAGAGGAUGCUGAACAAGAGGAGGGCGCGGAUCGAUUCGGAAAGGGGAAGGGGAAGGAGAACGGUUCAGCAGUAUCAAGGGGCUUGAAUGGGGGCAAAAGGAAGGGUGAGCCGAUGUCGGCGGUUACUGGGGUAGGGAGGAAGAGGGGCGGUGCGACGGCUGAGGGGAAGCGGCAGGCGCUGGGGCUACGGAACGAAGGUCGAUAA